AUGUUUACCAUGCUGGAGGUGCUCGCUAUUGUCGGCAGUCUGAUCCUCCUCAUCAUCACCAUCACCUCGUUCCUCAUCUACAGGAAGUUCAAGCUGGAGAAGGAGCUGGCGAGUGAGCUGUGGCGGAUACGCUGGGAGGACAUUCAGUUCAGCAGCUUGGAGAAGAACCUCUGGAGUAUGGGCAGCAAGCUGACCCUGUCGCUGCGUGGCUCGAACUAUGGCUUCCUGCUGACAAAUGAGGGGCGGUGCCAGGUCUAUGCCAAGACAGCGUAUUACAAGGGAAAUGUUGUGGCCAUCAAACACAUCAACCGGAAGAGGGUGGAACUCACUAGGGACGUGCUUUUCGAGCUCAAACACAUGAGAGACGUUCAGAAUGAACAUUUAACCCGCUUUAUUGGAGCCAGCAUCGAUCCUCCAAACAUCUGCAUUGUUACUGAGUACUGUACCCGCGGGAGCUUACAGGACAUUUUGGAAAAUGAGAGCAUUACCCUGGACUGGAUGUUUCGCUACUCGCUGAUCAAUGAUAUUGUCAAGGGAAUGACUUUUUUGCACAACAGCGUCAUUGGUUGCCACGGAAACCUCAAAUCCUCCAACUGUGUGGUUGACAGUCGGUUUGUUCUGAAGAUCACAGAUUAUGGUCUGGCCAGCCUCCGAUCAACUGCAGAUUCACACAACCAGUGUCUGAUGUAUGCAAGUGCGUCACUGAGUGAUCAGCUCACCAUUAUACAGUACGGUUACAUGGGCAAGGCCAGGGAUCCGCGCCCUGAGCCCGGCUCGAGACCACUCGAUGUCUGCCCACCAACAAUGCUGUCCAAGCUCAGGACAAGAUACUGUCGCUGCUGUUGCAACUGCGGCGUCUCCGAUCUCCCCUGGUGCCUCGGGAACACGCUCGGGCAGGAUCCCUCACACGCCAAGCCCAGGCACUGCCAUGAGCCACCAAGAGACUGCGGCUGA